AUGACGUCAUUUGCUAAUUGGACGUCGAAACCAGAGAUAGAAAGCAUCAAAAGAUUCUUCCGAACAAUUAUCCACGAGGAGGAUGUCGACUACGCUCAAUUUGAGUGCAAGAUGGACGGCACAGAUAUCGUCACAUUCCGCGAGAACGACAAAGCAUUCCGAUUAUUUGGCACAAACGUACAUGUGAAGGUUGGUGCCUACAUUGCUGGUGUUAUUGGAUUCGCAGUUACGAUCGCCUUUUGCAUCACUUACACCUUCUAUCAUAGUCGAGGCAUGGGACGAAAUCCAUUCCUUGAUCAUUUGGAACUGGUUGAUCUUAUCUUCGCCUUCGUUGUCGGUUUGCCUUGUCAUAUUCUGCUGUUCUAUUCUAUCGCCAAAGAGAAGUUGUUGUUCAGUCCGUUCCUGGUAUUCUAUCUGACAAAUUUCGCAUUGAAUGUGAUUUUCACAGCAAUCACGGUGAUUGCUGCGUCGUUAGAUCUGCACCGACAACUUUUUGGAAACAUCAAGUACGAUCUAGCAUGGACAGCAUUUCAGGUACUUUUCACCUCUUUACAAGGCCUUGCAAUAUAUGUCGUGAUGCGAUGUCGCAAGUAUGUUGCAGCUAAAACUUACUGGAAACAACGGAAUAUGGAGCGCACACCAUCGUCAAUAAUGGCCGACGGGGUCACAAUUGAAUGA